CAAUUUCCCAGACUCUCUUGAUGAUGAACUCUAGCUCAUUUCGUCAAUGUCAUAAACACAUGGCCACAGCUUCUCAUCACCGCAUUCUGCAGGGUGCAUUCUCGAGAUGUUCAAACAAUCGAUUUCUCAGGUUUACGUACACUCUUAGAUCGUUCACCUCAUCCUCGUCUGCCACACCCGACGCCACAACUGCAUUCCUUGCAAAACAUCCUGCAUUACCCACAGCCACGAUCCCAAAACGUGGUCUAACGCUCUCAAAAUUGGGGUUUGGCGCAUACAGAGUGAAUGAUACUCAACCGGCUCACCGCGCUGCAUUGGUCAAGGCGAUCCAUGCGGGUGUUAAUGUGAUUGAUACAAGCUCACAUUUUGGCUAUGGAGCAUCAGAAACAUUUGUUGGAAGCACACUUCAAGAGCUGUUCAAGGAAGGAACGAUUAAGCGCGAGGAAGUGGUCAUUGUAUCCAAAGCCGGUUUUAUUUUAUCACCUACAACAACACUCCAACCGGAAAUAUUGUCAGGAAUCCCUUCAUAUGCCAAGAUUUCAGAGACUUCAUAUCAUUCCAUUCAUCCAUCCUUUCUCAAGGCUCAACUCACUGCAUCUUUACAACGUCUUCAACUGGAAAAGAUAGACAUCUUUAUGAUCAAUAACCCUGAACGCAUGUUGGGUAAUAAGACUGGAGGAUACAAUAAGACGCGUCUGUACAAGGAAAUUGCCGAAGCAUUUGCCUACCUUGAUCAGGAAGUUCAACAGGGCAGAAUUGGAGGCUAUGGAAUGUGCUCAAAUGCUUUGCACUUGCCCACGACAGAGGACCAUCUGUCUUUGAAGGCCAUUAUCAAGACCAGAAUGGACUUUGGAUGGAGCUUGGACAACUUUGUGGCUCUUCAGGCACCCCUCAAUCUCUUUGAACGAGAACUGGUCACAGAUGUUUUCCCAUCAAAGUCUUUAGCCAGAGAAGCUAAGGAAUUCAAUAUUUUCGUAUUCACAAAUCGACCCUUGAACGCAAUUGCAGGUGGGCAGAUUGUAACAUUGGAAAAUAAAGGUCUACACAACCGGCAGGAGACAUCUGCACGAUUAUUGGACACGCUAGAUCAGAGUUUCACAACACUUGCAGAGAUGGAGUUAGAUAUUAAGGAAAUACUUGAUGAUGAGUCCAUGGCCCUGAAAUUUGUCUGGAGCGAAAUCCUCUCCGAGAACUUAUCGCGACUAUGCUCAAAUUACUUUGCCGCAAAGCAUUUUUUGGAACGAGAGGUCCUUCCAGCGAUCAACCGAGAUCUCAAAGCAUUACAGGAGAGCGUAGUUAAAGGAAAAAAUAGCAGCAGCAGCAGUAGUAGUAAUAACUGCAAUCACUCUCGCAAGCUUCACGAUAAUAAUCAAAGUGGUGACGAUGUUGACGAUAAAGAUAGUGAUAAUGAUCUUGUUGAUAAGGACGCUGUUCUAUCGUGGAUCGAUCGCUAUCGAAGCGAAGCCAAGUCGCUCACCAAGAAGAUUGCUGCAUUUUGUCAAUUGGAUUCGGACAAGCGCAACGACGAGCUUAAUCUAGUACUGGGCCUGAUUUGCCGAGAGUUCGUUUCGGAUGUGAGUCCCAACAAGGUGGAGAAUAUUGGAUCACCACUCUCAACAAAAUCAAUUCAAUACUGUAUUGCCAACCCUAAUGUCGGAUGCACUCUAGUAGGGAUGAGGACACCCGAGUAUGUACAUGACGCCGUUGCUUCAGCAGAGGCUAGCGAACGGUUGACCAAAAAGGAUUUGGAAUUGAUUGCACAAUGCCCACUUCUAUUAGCAACCACUCAUGAGUAAAUCAGCUUCAGAUAUAAUAUUAGAAAUGAUAACAGUAAUAAUAAAUAU